AUGCCCGGCCAAGAAUCCGGGGGCGUAACCAACUUCUGGUACUCGUUCGACUACGGCUUGGCCCACUUCAUCUCCUUCAAUGGCGAGGCGGACUAUCCCUACAGCCCCGAGUGGCCGUUUGCUCGAGACGUCAAGGGUGGUGAGUCCAAGCCCAAGAAGAACGAGACCUUCAUCACCGACAGCGGUCCGUUUGGCGCUGUCGACGGGAGCAUCUACACCAAGGAGUCGUACGAGCAAUACCGCUGGCUGGAGAAGGAUCUUGCCAGUGUCGACAGGAAAAAGACACCGUGGGUCAUCGCCAUGAGCCAUCGACCCAUGUACAGUUCGCAGGUGUCAGAUUACCAGAAGAACAUGCGGGAUGCGUUCGAGGGCUUGUUCUUGAAGUACGGUGUUGAUGCGUACUUGUCUGGUCACAUUCACUGGUAUGAGCGAACGUUUCCCCUCGGGAACAACGGCACCAUCGACAAGGACGCCAUUAUCAACAACAAUACGUUCCGCACCAACCCUGGCAAAUCCAUCACUCACAUCAUCAACGGCAUGGCUGGCAACAUUGAGAGUCACAUGACUCUUGAAAAGGGCCAGUCUCCGCUGAACAUUACCUGCGUGCUGGACCAGUUACAUUACGGGUUCAGCAAGCUGACCAUUCACAACGAGACGGUGCUGACGUGGUCGUUUGUCAAGGGGAGCGACGGAAGCAGCGGCGACGACUUUACUCUCAUCAAAAAGGGGUCUGGUUCUGGCAGCGGCAACUCUACCGCAGCUUCUCAGUCUGGUAUCGCUACCACGGAUAAGACGAAGGGCACAAGCACCGCUGCUGCGGGUGGCAUCACCACCGUCACCGAGGUGGUCAACUCUUAUACCACCUACUGCCCCGGCUCGACGACGCUCACGCAAGGUUCCAAGACAUAUGUUGUGUCCAAGGCGACUAUCUUGACGAUUACCGACUGUCCUUGCACUCUGACGCACACCCGGUCUCUGCCAAGCGCCCGCAUUUCAUCUGCCGCCAUCUCCGGCAACAGAACGGCUACCCCGUCUGGAUACGCCCCCAACAAGACAGAGGGCGGCUCGAGCCUUGCGCACCUCACAUCCCAAGGCCAGCAGCCUACUCCUUCAGGACCUACAUCCCGCCCAGCGGGAGCUGUAGGCACGACUGCUUCCGUGCCCGUGGCUCAGGGUGGUCGAAUUGGUGCGGAUGCUUCUCUUGUUGGAUUUGCAGCUCUUGCAGCGGCUGCUGCGGCUCUAAUGUAG